AUGCCGUAUGAUGCAGGCUCAACUGCAGCAGGUGUUCUGAGGCCCCUCACAGCUGGCAGCAUCUCUGAAAGGUGCGACUCCGCAGGGAAAGUCCAGGAGAACAAAUCGGAUGAGUCUGAAGGAGGUUCUGGGUCACCGUCUUCAUGGAUCAUAGACCAGAGUCCAUCAUACAACAUGUUCAGAUCAGAUUCUCCUUGCGUGUCCAAUCACGGUUCCAGCACAGAUGAAGGGAGCCCAACUGAAGACGGUUAUCCAGGAUGGAGGGACCGAGAGGAGUCCUCAGCUGGAGGCACAGGGCCCGAGAGUUUUGACCACAAAGCUGAAGAGAAGGACAGAAGGAUGGAGGAGAGGAAAAUGAAGGUGCUGAACAUGCUCUCCAAACUGCAGGACAACACGCCUCGUCAGCCAAAAGGCAGCAAAGGUUGCUCCAACUUCGAAGACUUCGACUUUUUGGCAAAGUACUGCAUUUUCAGUCAGGAGAGGCUGGCUGAGUACAAAAGAGCUUUUGAAGCAGAGGAUGGUGAUGGUGACGGCUACCUCUCGUGCCUUCAGGCUCUACUUGCUCUUAAAAACAUCAUCCCUGCAGAGCUGCUGUCGGACGAAGAGGAGAUCUACGUCUAUCGGAUCCUGGAGAUGGUGGACUUCAGAGUGACAGAUGGUCUAGUGGACCUGAGGCUCUUUGCAGUGAUCGCUAGCCUGGCACAGAAAAUAGCCACCAUGGAGUAAGUGACCUUCAGCAGACGCCACACUCUGAACUCCUCAAUGGCGCCGGAAGAGGAGUG